GGGGCACGUACUUCGCGAAAAUACGAUGAGACUCUUUCUGCUGUUGGUUGUCUUCGCAGUGUGCUCAACUUGGAAUGUACUUGAUAAGCUACCUUUUCGUAGAAAGAGCACAAUUGCGAAGGAACGACGUGCUACCCCUGAGCUACGUACUACUAUAUCCUAUUUCAAGCACCCUUAUAUAUGUCAGGAUGGGCGUUGUAAAGAGUACUAUGGCCAAGACCGUCGUGGCAGCCGCUUAUACCCUAGUUACAGACAUUGCAUGGCAAUUUGCAAAGCCCCAUGGUAAUUAUGUAUGUGGCAAAUAAAGAU